GUCAUGAUGAGCGCGCAUGCACAGUCCGUGCUCUGCCUCCUGUGCGCCUUGCUGGCGCUUUCGUCUGCAUGCUACAUCCAGAACUGCCCCAGAGGGGGCAAAAGAUCCGCCCUGGACAUCGAUCUCCUCAGACCGUGUCUGGCGUGUGGUCCCGGAGGGAAGGGCCGCUGCUUUGGCAGCAGUAUCUGCUGUGGGGAAGGACUGGGCUGCUUCAUGGGCUCUCCAGAGACUGCCCGCUGCUCAGAGGAAGACUACCUGCCUUCUCCGUGUGAGGCUGGAAGAAAGCCGUGCGGGGCUGAGGAGGGCCACUGCGCUGCACCUGGAGUGUGCUGCCACUCAGGCGGCUGCACGCUGGAUCCAGAGUGUACGCAGGAGAGCAAAGCCGAAGAGCAGGCUGAGCCGAACGGCAGCUUACUGGGAACGUCACGAGGAGAGCUUCUUCUGCGCAUGCUCCAAUCCAGCAGGGCAAGGAACCCAUACUGACCUCCUGCACUACACUGACCACUCACAGUGCCUGGUUAAAGCUCACACACACAUACACAGAGUGAAUUAUCAUGUACAGCAUGUGAACUUCACAAGGUCACAGACGAAGGCAUCCUGAGACGAUCAGCUGUUACACACUGCGAUUCUGCUUGAUAAGUUAUUGUAGCUCUAUUCAUGUUAUGCUGCAAUAAUAACGAUGUGGUUCCUUAUGCCAUCAUUUGGAAAUAUGCACUGUACAUCUGCAUGGAGUGUAAAUACAGUGUAUAGCAAAUAAAAAUGCUCUUUCACUGCUUGCA